GGAAGGACUUCGGUUGCCACUACAAAUCUGGUGACAGACCCGCCGCCGGCACAUGGCGAUCGGCCCUUCCCGCCCCGCUCUCGGCAGAAUCGUGUUGCUUUUGCAUGAAGAGCUUGAUUGUGCAACUAUGGUUUACACAGUGGUCGUCCUGAAAUCAGCAGACCACUUUUGUCCUCAGUCCAGUAUCUGCUUACUUUGAGGCAUUUGCAGAUUGAAAUAUCAUGGACAGAAAAUAGUUUGGAUUAUGUGUUUUGCCAGCAUAUCUCUGCAGUUUCAGUUUUAACAAUGGAUAAGUGUAAGCACAUCGGACGUCUGCGACUGGCCCAAGAUCACUCCAUUCUGAAUCCUCAGAAAUGGCAUUGCGUGGACUGCAAUACUACCGAAUCUGUGUGGGCGUGCCUCAGCUGCUCACAUGUGGCGUGUGGAAGAUAUAUUGAAGAACAUGCACUAAAGCACUUUCAGGAGAGCAGUCACCCAGUGGCAUUGGAAGUAAAUGAGCUGUAUGUUUUCUGUUAUCUCUGUGAUGAGUAUGUUCUUAAUGAUAACGCAACUGGUGAUUUAAAACUGUUGCGAAGUACGUUAAGUGCAAUCAAGAGUCAAAACUAUGAGUGCACUACUCGAAGUGGGAGGACUUUGCGUUCUAUGGGUACAAGUGAUGAUUCUUACCUUUCACAUGGUGGUGCCCAAGCCUUGCUUCGGAAUGAAGAUCGCAUGUUCACAGCUCUCUGGCACCGACGGCGUGCAUUCCUGGGCAAAAUAUUCAGAUCAUGGCUUGAGUUGACGCCUACUGGAAAAAAGAUUCUGGAAGAAGAAAGGCGUCGGGAAGAAGCAGAGGAAAGAAGGGAGAAAGCUAGGAAGAGAAGACAAGAACGAAAGCGUGAGCUGAAAGCAGAGAUGGAAAAGAUGCCUCCAAGAAAGAGCAGUCGUUUACAAAAUCAGAUUAGAAUGUCCUCAGAAUCAGCACCCUGCCUGCAAAAGACAUCACAGAACAUGGAAUCUGUGGCAGAGUUGAAAAAAACAUAUACCUCAGAUGAAGUAAGAUUGAAAAAAAUAAGUGACUCUCCAAUUAAGCGAAGGCCCACAGUGACUCCUGGGGUAACAGGACUGAGAAACCUAGGAAAUACAUGCUAUAUGAAUUCUAUCCUGCAGGUAUUAAGUCACUUACUUAUUUUUCGAGAAUGCUUUUUAAAGCUUGAUCUCAACCAAACUCAGGAACUGCUGGCAACAGCAACCAAUGGUAAAACCAGAUCUUCAUCUAAACACCUGUCAAUAGCUGCCUCAACAUUACAUGUGAAUGAGAGCCAAGAGAAAGUAAAGGGAUCAUCUUCUGUGAGGCGGCCUAGUUUAUCCUCUGGAUUAAGUGGAGGAGCAUCAAAAAGUAGAAAUAUGGAACUUAUUCAGCCCAGGGAGCCCAGUUCAAAGCAUAUUUCUCUCUGUCAUGAGCUGCAUACUCUGUUCCAAGUUAUGUGGUCUGGCAAAUGGGCGCUGGUGUCUCCUUUUGCCAUGCUUCAUUCUGUGUGGAGACUAAUUCCAGCCUUCAGAGGAUAUGCCCAACAAGAUGCUCAGGAAUUUCUCUGUGAACUUUUGGAUAAAGUGCAGCAGGAACUGGAGACUACAGGGACCAGAUACCCAGCUCUCAUCCCUGCCUCUCAAAGAAAACUUAUAAAACAGGUUUUGAAUGUGGUUAACAACAUUUUUCAUGGACAGCUAUUAAGUCAGGUUACAUGUCUUGCCUGUGACAAUAAAUCAAAUACUGUAGAACCUUUCUGGGACCUGUCCCUGGAGUUUCCUGAGAGGUAUCACUGCAAUGGCAAGGAGAUGUCGUCUCAGUAUCCAUGUCUGCUGACAGAAAUGCUGGCCAAGUUUACAGAAACUGAAGCUUUGGAAGGAAAGAUAUAUGCGUGUGAUCAGUGCAACACAAAACGAAGGAAGUUUUCUUCUAAACCAGUUAUACUCACAGAAGCUCAGAAGCAGCUUAUGGUGUGUCGACUACCUCAGGUUCUCAGAUUACACCUUAAACGGUUUAGGUGGUCAGGACGCAAUCAUCGUGAGAAGAUUGGCGUACAUGUUAAUUUUGAUCAAAUGCUGAACAUGGAGCCUUAUUGCUGCAGAGAAUCCCUCAAGUCCCUCCUACCCGACUGCUUUAUCUAUGACUUGUCUGCUGUGGUAAUGCAUCAUGGGAAAGGAUUUGGCUCAGGGCACUACACUGCCUACUGCUACAAUUCAGAAGGAGGAUUUUGGGUACACUGCAAUGAUUCAAAACUCAACAUGUGCACUAUGGAAGAAGUAUGCAAGGCUCAAGCCUACAUUUUGUUUUACAGCCAACGACUUACUCAGGCAAAUGGACAUGGUAAAAUACCACGUCCUAGCACAGCUGAAAGUCAGCAGCACACAGAAUUAGCUGACUGUUCCAUGGCCAACAGUAGCAGCUAAUCCAAAGCCAGUUAACUGUGUGUAUGGUAAAAGUUUGAAUUGUCAUAACUAUAUAUUUUUAAAUGAAAUGAAAGUACAGUAUUGUACUUUUUUACUUUGAAUCUGUGUACAAUGUUUAUAUACUUUUGUAUUAGUUAAAGUACUCUUUACAAUUGUUAGUAAAGGUUUUUAUUGACAGUAAGUAACUUUCUAAGUACCUAGAAUUUCAAUACAGCUAUUUUUUUAAGAAAAAGAUUGCUAUUUGCAUUUAACUCUUACCUCAGGCUGUUUUUUUUAAGCUGGUUUUGUAUUUUGAUAAUCUUUUUGAAUUGGUUUAGAAAAUUGACUUUCAAUGGGCAACUGAUGUUUCUCUGGUUAAUUUUCUAUAUAUGCUUGUGUACAUUUUAUAGUAUAGUCCUAAUGAUAUCAUGAUUCUUACUGUCUGCAGGAAUGGCUACUAGGUCUUAGAAUAUUAACAUUCACCAGCAAGGAAUGUUUUACCUGUCAAACAGUAACUGAAAUUUUUGUAGGAAACUUUCUGUAUAUUCUUGAUGACUAAAGUGAAAUUAUUUUGCAAGCUUCAAGGGGACUACACUAAAGAUAUGUUGACAGAAUUUCUUAAAAUCUGAAAUUGAGGAAAUAGAGCAUGUACUUAUAUGAAAAUAAGUGUGUAAGAGGAGCGUUUAAUAGCACAAGAAUAUGUCUUUACCAAGACUUCCAUGUUUUAGCCUUAACAAGCCUGACAACUCAAGUGCCAAAUUCAGAGUACUAACUUUGACAACCAGGGGCUUUUUAUUCCAGUAACUUAAAAAAACUUUCUUAGUAAAACCCAAUAAACCACACUCACCCACCCCACUUUCACUGCUACAAGAAUGUUAGCACCCUCUUUCUUGCAUUGGACACGCUUACUUUAAAUUGUAGCAAGCGUUGUCCAUUUCAGUAAUCUCUAACACAAACCACUGAAAAGAAGCUGUAAAAUUUGUAUGAAAGCAUUUUCAACCUGACUGGUUUUCCCUAGCUACAACUGCUGUACCUUCUCCACGGUCCUACCACUAGCAUUAACAGAACUGUGCAUUGAGGAGACUCUAACAAGCAGGAAUUAUCAGUCUUUCUCCACAUACAGUAGUUAAUGCCAAGUAAAUUUUAAUUGUGAAGUUAUUUUGCAUAAGUCUUAUGCAAAUUGUUACCUCAUCUUCUGCAAAGUGUAUACCUCAAUAAAAUGCCUUGAUGUGGACAGAAAA